CGGAACGGUGUUUUCGUGGAAAUGUUAAUGUCGUGUAUAUAAAGUGAUUAAAACUGUCAAAUUUGAUAAAAGUCGACUUUAUUUUUGCGUAUUAUGCUGUCCGAGACGAUAACGUGACUGGCUCAUUAGUUUUUAUUUGGGAUAUAGCCAGCUGACGGAAAUAAAAAAGGCAUCAAGAUGAUGCACAGGAGAGGAGGCAAGCGUAUCCGAAUGGACGAUCCAGUCCCUCCGGAAUACGAAGCACCGAUGACACCAAUGACUCCCAUGCAUGAUAGUUCUGGAGGCGACAUUCAAGAAUCUCCUUACACUCCGUAUACUCCUUACCAGCAAGCUCCACUAACUCCAGUGCACAAUCCAACGCCAGAACACUAUUCCUCCGAGGACUACAGCUCCCCAGGAAUGUCUCAGCCAUUAUAUCAAGAUCAACCGUUAAAUUUCGAUAGUCCGGCACAAUUUGAACAACCUUUGACUCCAAUCGCGCCUGCGAAUAUGAGGAUUACUCGAAACACUCGCGCUCGACUUCGUGGUGGGCCGAUUCAGCAACCAAAGUACAAAGAAAUCGAUACAGACUAUAUCCCGACAACUUCCACUGGAAGAGGCAGAGGAGGUGGUCGAGGUCGGGGAAAACGAGUUUAUCAACCACAAAGUUUGGAGGAUGAAGCUAGUCUCUAUUUUGUCAUAAAAAACAACCGCUCGUCGCUUACUAAUAUUGUGGACGACUGGAUCGAAAAGUACAAAGUCAACAGGGAAAACGCUCUCCUGAUGUUGAUGCAGUUUUUCAUCAACGCUAGUGGUUGUAAAGGACGCAUUACUUCUGAAAUGCAAACCACAAUGGAACACGUAGCAAUCAUUCGAAAAAUGACUGAAGAAUUUGACGAGGAAAGUGGAGAGUAUCCAUUAAUAAUGGCUGGACAACAGUGGAAAAAGUUUCGCGCCAACUUUUGCGAAUUUGUACAAAUUCUAGUUCGUCAAUGUCAAUAUUCUAUAAUCUACGAUCAGUUCCUCAUGGAUAAUGUGAUUUCCCUUCUGACUGGCCUUUCCGAUUCGCAAGUUAGGGCUUUCCGGCACACGGCCACUCUUGCAGCUAUGAAACUCAUGACGGCUUUAGUUGACGUUGCGUUAACCGUCUCCAUUAAUUUAGACAACACCCAGCGACAGUACGAAGCCGAAAGGCAAAAAGCAAGAGAAAAAAGAGCAGCAGACAGACUCGAGUCGCUGAUGGCAAAGCGAAAGGAGCUCGAGGAAAAUAUGGACGAGAUCAAAAACAUGUUGACUUACAUGUUUAAAUCUGUUUUCGUACACAGGUACAGAGACACCCUUCCCGAAAUCCGAGCAAUUUGCAUGGCAGAAAUUGGCGUCUGGAUGAAAAAGUUUCACCAAAACUUUCUCGACGACUCGUAUCUGAAAUAUAUAGGAUGGACGCUUCACGACAAGGUCGGAGAAGUAAGACUAAAGUGCCUCCAAGCUCUGCAACCGUUGUACGCUUCAGAGGAAUUAAAAACAAAGUUAGAGCUCUUUACAAGUAAAUUCAAGGACCGAAUAGUCAACAUGACUUUGGACAAGGAGUAUGACGUUGCUGUUCAAGCCGUGAAACUCGUAAUUUCAAUCUUGAAACAUCAUCGUGAGAUUCUCACGGACAAGGAUUGUGAACACGUUUAUGAAUUGGUGUAUUCCUCUCAUCGAGCUGUUGCCCAAGCAGCUGGGGAAUUUUUGAACGAGCGUUUGUUUACGCCCGACGAAGAAGCUGUUGCUGGUGUUAAAACGAAGCGAGGCAAAAGACGUUUGCCAAACACCCCGUUGAUUCGAGAUUUGGUGCUCUUUUUCAUCGAGUCUGAGCUUCAUGAGCAUGGUGCUUAUUUGGUGGAUUCGUUGAUUGAAACAAACCAGAUGAUGAAGGACUGGGAAUGUAUGACGGACUUGCUACUUGAAGAAGCUGGACCGGAAGAGGAAGCUUUGGACAAUCAGAAGGAGACUUCGCUCAUCGAGUUGAUGGUUUGCUGUAUAAAACAGGCUGCUACUGGAGAAGCACCAGUUGGUCGAGGACCCACGCGCAAGAUUUUGUCGGUGAAGGAAUUGAAGCAAGUGCAAGAAGACAAGCAGAGGCUAACGGAACAUUUCAUCCAAACUUUGCCCCUUUUGCUCGAUAAUUACAGUGCUGAUCCGGAGAAACUUGCAAAUUUGCUCGCCAUUCCGCAGUAUUUUGACCUGGACAUUUACACCAAGUCGAGGCAAGAGCAAAACUUGGAUUCCUUGUUGAACAAGAUUCAGACGAUCGUGGAAAAGGUGCAUGAUUCAGAGGUGCUAGAUACCGCAGCAAGAACCUUGGAGUACAUGUGUGUUGAAGGCCACGCAAUUUUCACCAGGUGUGAUAUUGCUCGUUCAACACUGAUUGAUGCGAUCGUCAACAAGUAUAAAACAACAAUAGAAGAAUACAGAACAGCCGUUGACGGUGAAGAAGAACUCGAUGAAGAUGACCUUUUUAACGUUACGCAGUCGCUCAAGAAAGUCGCCGUCUUUUACAGCAGUCACAAUAUGAAUCCUUGGGAAAUUUGGGAUUCUCUCUACCGGGACAUUGUGGAUGCUUUUUCAAAGGCUGAUGAUCCUCGGAGAUCGCUUCCCGAGGAAGCCGUCAAGUACUGCAUAACGGCGUGCUACUUUUCAAUAUUGUGGGGUCAACACCAUCUAAUGGAAACUGUCGAUUCUGGUGCGAGAGGCGAAGAAGAAUGUAAAAGAUUGAGAGAACGCUUGGACGCUUUUGUGGGCUUGAUGCGCAACUUUGUCAGUGGCGAAACGAGCAGCACGCCCAUUCCCGUCGUUCUCCGCGAAGAUGCUUACACAGUAAUUUGCGAUUUGUUGGUCGUCUUUUGCAAUCAAUUACUCACGCACCAUAAUCCUCUGAUGCAUCAAUUGGUUUACGAACCAGAUCAGGCCAUGCAGAAUAUGUUGAAUAAUUUCGUGCAAGAAUACGUGUUUGUCGAGGAAGAAGAUGAAGAGCUCGAUGAGCACUCGAAGAUUGAAGAACUUCACAAACGAAGAAAUUUCCUCGCAAGUUACUGCAAAUUAAUUGUUUACAACAUGAUACCGACGAAAGCAGCCGCCGACGUAUUUAAACAUUAUGUUAAAUACUACAACGACUAUGGAGAUAUCAUUAAAACUACCUUGGGCAAGGCGAGGGACAUUAACAAGACAAACUGUGCACUCACAAUGCAACAGAGUUUAAAUAUUCUCUACAGUGAAAGCGUUGCGGAAAAGGGACGAGUAAAUAGGAACAGCGACGAAUUUACUGCCAUGAAGGAACUCGCGAAACGUUUCGCAUUAUCGUUUGGACUCGACGCUGUGAAAAAUCGAGAAGCUAUUGCUUCAUUGCACAGAGCAGGAGUUCUUUUUGCCAUUACACCACCAGAUGGCGUUGAACUUGAUCCCACGGGACCUCCUCCGAAUCUUUCAUUCUUGGAAAUUCUUUCGGAAUUUACGAAUAAGCUUCUGAAGCAGGACAAACGAGUUGUAUUAAACUUUCUCGAUGGUCGUCUUCACGCUGGAAUGCCGUCUUCGAAAAGCGAGGAUUGGCAACCGUUGUUAUUGUACAGAAAUAGUUUAUUGCAUGGUGAUACUGAUCAAGUGCCUGUAACUAGUAAACGAGCUUACACGAGGCGCAAAAAGGAGCAAGAAGACGACGACGGCGAUGAUGGAGACGACGGUUCCGAUCAUGAAUUCAUGGGCAAACCAAAAAAGAAGAGGGGCCCAAAGAAAAAUCAACAAUCAGUAUCGAAAACAACCAUACAUCGCAAUUUUAAAGCUUCUAGCUAUUUCGACACCAGCGAUUUUCACAGAAACGAAAAUGAUAAUUCUCCGCCGCCGUCAAUUGAUGAUUCAGAAUCGAAUCCUUCUCAAGAAAUAGACAACCGGCUCAAAAGUUUGAAAAUUCAAUCGAGAUCGCGAAAGAGUCAAGAUCAGUCAGAACCGAGAGAGCUGAGAAGAACUGCCAGAAAUUCUGGACGAUACGUUCAAGGUCAAUACAUGGAAUCGGAUUCCGAUUAAGCAGAGAGAUUGUGUUUUGUGACAUUCUAUUCGAACAAGAGACUGACUAAAUCAAAGAAGAAGCAUUCAGGUUUUGUUUUCGCGUUACAAUUAAGAAACAAUUCCCGGUUGCGCAAGUCUCGUUUCAUAUGUGAUCUAAGAUUAAGUUAUAUAAGUUUGAAAAAUCACCCGAUUCUUCCAUUUCUUAUUCCCGAGUUAUAGUAACGUAGUAAUGAAGAUUAAUCUUCACCUCCCAAGUGUGCAACCGGGUCAUUUUCAUUCUUUUUAUUUUUUUCGACUCCUUUUUUAUUACAAUACAUGUAUGUAAUCCCUUUCAAAUGCAUAUACAAGUUUCAAGAAAUUAUACAGAUUUUAUUACCUGUUUCUAUUAAAUAAUUAAAUUAUUUCACGACAUUAAAUUGAGAUUAAUCUAAAUAGUAAAAAGUUUUGUCAUUUUCGUAAAUAGCUUCAUCGUAUUAUUUAUAGUUAAAGUGCUGAGAUUAAUUAAUAUUGAAAUUAAGCAGGAUGAUGCAUACAUUUUUAUGCAGGUUCCCUUGUUUACUGUAAAUUAAGUUGAUAAACUAUACGUUAUAAAAUUAUGAAAGUAUAUUACCAAAUAUACAAAUGGUAUGUACAAAAAGGUAUUUGCAGUGCAUAUCAUCAAGUUUUUACCAGACGUUCUGUAAUAAAAUAUUUAAGAAUUAUAUAAA